UCCGUGCCACCAACGGCAAACCUCCCUUUAAUAUUCUCUCUAUCUGUUUCUCUCUCCUCCUCUCUCUUUCUUUCUCGUCAAUUCCCACUCGUUUUCCCGCAAAAUUCAAUUUCAUUUUCCAAAUUACUUAAUUUGGUCUUCCUUAUUCUUCUUCCAGACUUCACCUAAUCAAUUUGAUUGCCAAAAAAACUUGUGUUUUCUCCUGAUUAUAAACAUUAUUGACAAAUUGUACACUCAAAAUUUAUGUCUUUCCAAGUUCUUACCAAUAAAUUUUCAACUGGGUUUCUAUUCCUUUUUGGACAAUUUCUAGAACAAAAAGCUGGCAAACAGUCAGCUGCUAAACCCAAUUUGGUGAGUUUUUAAAUUAAAAACUUUAAACCCUUUUUGUGCAGCUAACUACAUUUGAAACUUCUUUAAUGGGGUUACGCGGUUGAUUGAACAAACCCAUCGUUAGCUUUGGUAUUAGCAUACAAGGUGUUUGACGAAAUCCCUAGAGAAAAAAUGAAGUGCUUUUAUUAUUUCAAAGAGAAAAGUCGUUCCAGGGGACAUAAAUCAGCCCCUGAAUUGCGAAACCCAUUUAGCAAAUCAGAUAACUCUGCCCCUGAUUCUGGUGGUGGACUGAUCAAAUCAACUGGGUCCGAGGUUUAUCGUCGUGGGAUUUUGGAUUUAUAUGAAGAGAAGGCUCCUAAUUUAAGGGUUUUUUCAUUAUCCGAGCUUAGGAUUGCUACCAAUGAUUUUAAUAGGAAGCUGAAGAUUGGUGAGGGUGGUUUUGGUUCUGUUUAUCAAGGAAAGAUUAAGGUUGUUGAUGGACAAGGUGAGCCUACAUUGGUUGCUAUAAAGAAGCUUAAUAAGGAUGGCUUUCAGGGUCAUAAACAAUGGUUGGCAGAAGUUCAGUUUCUUGGUGUUGUGGAACACCCUAAUCUGGUGAAACUGAUUGGGUAUUGUGGUGUAGAUGGAGAAAGAGGGAUACAGAGAUUGCUGGUGUAUGAGUACAUGCCAAACAGUAGUUUGGAAGAUCAUCUUUUCAAGAAGACACACCCAGUACUUCCUUGGGAAAAAAGAAUGCAGAUAAUUAUUGGAGCUGCUCAAGGAUUGGCUUAUUUACAUGAAGAACUAGAAGUACAGGUGAUAUUUCGUGAUUUCAAGAGUUCAAAUGUACUGCUGGAUGAGAAUUUCCAGGCAAAGUUGUCAGAUUUUGGGCUUGCUAGGGAAGGUCCAACCCCUGGAAGUAGUCAUGUUUCAACAGCUGUGGUUGGCACACAUGGGUAUGCUGCUCCAGAUUACAUAGAAACAGGACAUCUGACAUCAAAGAGCGACGUAUGGAGUUUCGGUGUUGUAUUGUAUGAGAUACUAACUGGAAGACGAUCGUUAGAAAGAAGCCUUCCGAAAGCGGAACAACAACUAUUGAACUGGGUGAAACAAUAUCCAGUUGAUGGUAGAAAGUUCAGCUCAAUAAUAGAUCAACGUCUGGAGGAGCAGUAUUCUCUAAGUGCAGCUAGGAAAAUAGCAAAAGUAGCAGAUAGGUGUUUAAUGAAGAGUUACAAGGAAAGGCCAAAAAUGAGUGAAGUGGUAGACAAGUUGAAGCAAAUAAUGAAGACAACAACAGAUGAAGAUGAAGGACGUAAUAGCAGUAGCAGUCCUAGUGAGAAAGAAGAAGACAAACAAAUAGGAGUUUCAGAAUCUGCAAGAAGACGAUUUGCUCAUCUUGCCAAGCUUGGUGAGCAGGUGGAAGGCGUUGGUAAGAGAAGAUUUAUGAUCAUGCAGAGAGCUAAGGUUUCAUGA